CAUUCCAUUUAUUUUAUAACUGCCAUGGAGACUCGUGGAGAACAUGCAAAUAUAAUUCACGGAACAUUAGAUGCUUUAGUAACUGAUGUAAAUAAAACAGCAGAAGUAAUUAGAAGACAUCAUGAACAACAAAUGCUUGAUAAAAAAACAUUUCAAGGAGAAAUGGAAGUUAGUGGACGUAUUGAAGUUGAGCCCCAAGAAAGUUGGCUAAAUUUACGUUUAAAGUCUGUUAGCACAGAAGAUUUAAAAAAAGAAUUGGGACGAGUAAAAGAAGAUCAACGUCAAAAUGUAGUAACAGAUACAUUAGCAGCAUUAGUAUAUGAUGUUAAUGCUACUGCAGAAGUACUUCGUAGAGGGUCUCUUAAAGAGAAAAAAGUGCCAAAAUCGCAUGAAGAAAUUGAAUAUCGUUUACGUUUAACACCCGCAGCUUAUGAAGAGGCACCUUAUUUUGAUCAAGAAGAGCCGGUUUUUGAGCCUGCGGAUGAUUAUACUGUUGAUCAUAUAAAGAAAGAUUAUGGAGUUGAAUUAGAUGAAUCUCAAAUAAGUAGUCUAAAAAGACGUGCUCGCUCAGCUACACCUCGAAGAACGUUAAAUAUUGAACCAACAUCACCAUUAAGCCCUAUAGCAAUUUGUGCCUUUUGUAAUCAAGAAAUUGAUGGCCCUGUUUUGACUGCCUUAGCUCCAAAUGCUACAAAAGCUCAAAAAUUCCAUCCUUAUCAUUUUAUGUGUUGCUAUUGCCAAAAAGUUUUUUCGAGAAAUAACUUUGAAAUAAAAUAUUUUUAG